CUAGCUUCAAUUGACUCAUGAUCUUAACUAUUGAAAUUACUAUAAUUUCCACAAAACCUCUUCUAAAAUUUUAAUAAGUUUACAAAAAUACUAGAAAAGAUAAGGUACUAGUGACAUUUCUAUUUUGUAACUAAAAGUCAUAGUUAUCGUCGACUGAAAUCUAAAACCAAGUAACAGUUAGCCGUAUAAAGUGAACUAUUUAACAUAAAUAGUGAUUACAAAUAUCUCAUGUUUUAUACGGACUACUAAUGCAUUUAUACUUUUACCAUUUAUUCCUCGUUUGUGUGGACGCAGCACAUCCAAUUGAAUAUGUUUAAGUAUGUCUAAAAAAGCAUUCUAUUUGAAAAUUUUAAUGAUAGUUUGUAAAACGUUAAAAACAUAAACGUCUACAUCACAUAUUGCCAUUAAGGAGCAUAAUUUUCAUCAUUGAAAUUAUGAAGUGAAAUAAUAACUGUUGGUUAUUGAAGGAGGAAGGAAUGUCUUUAAACUCUUGACUAUGAAUAUAUAACAUCAUUUAUUGAGACUCGCAGUAACUAACAACAAAGUUGGUGCCUGUAUCUAGGAUACAGAAAGAAAAAGCUAUCAGUGCAAGCUAUUGUUUUCUUUCUUUUCCGUAUGUCAUGAAACUGGUUUGGUUUCGCCAUGUCGAAAACUGUCUCAAGACCUUUUUUCGCUGACACUGAUUGGUCAAAAUCUUGAUGUUUAUCUGCCUAGUGAAUAAAUAACCAGUCUUAUUUCUUAUGUUGUUGCAAAAUCUAUACCUAUAAUGGCCCCGUUUGGUAAUAGUCCUAAACAAAAUAAACUUACUUGCAAGUUCGGGUUUCAUGGUGUUGGUGAAAAUAUUUCUAAUGAAUGUUUUCGGGGGAUUAUUUGUUAAUAAGUUAACGAUUGUCAGCUUAGGUGUUCAAGAAUUACUUUAAAAAAUUGUUGGUUGAUAAAUUUAUUACUCUAGUCUUCUCAUUGAAGGUAUAUGUCCGACUCUCAGCUCCUCUUCAUUUGAGAGGGAAUCGCAAAUGCAAUAAUGCUGUAUCCAUUUUAUUAUCUAAUUAAUUUUAUUAAUCCAAUUAAAUACAUGUUUUAUCUUUGUUUUCAGAAAUCUAGAUUUUGAAUGGAUCAUAACCAGUUUAAAUUUGAUUUUCCCAUAGAACAAGUUUUGGAAGAAUGGAAAACAUUAGAUGAAAAUGAAGACAUACCUGCUGAAAAUCAAGAGAACGAUAACGAUGAAUUGAAUAUUCUUAGUCAAGAAUCUUUUUUUGCUCCUCACUACAAAAAUGGUAUUGAAUAUUUUUCCAUAAAAAAUCCUGAAAAAGUAAAGCAAGAAUGGAUUGAAGCUAGAAAACUAAUUAUACCACAUAUUCAAAACGUUGUAAAGCAUUUAGUUCGAGAGAAAUUUCAAAAAUGA